AUGCCAUCCUACUCGAAGGCCAAAAGAUCUGUGCCUCUACCUUUGAUACUUGCCGAUAUUUUGUCCCUCAAAAAGGAUGAUGAGUCCUCUGGAGACAUACCGCUGGAAGAGGUCCCCGUGGCUUUGAUCAAGACUCCGAUGUGGCCUCAGGCAGGACGCAGCACCGUCGCAGCCAUGAACUGCGCGGCCGCAAUUCUGAAAAAUUCUGGAAAAGCACGGGUAUAA